GUGGGGAAGGGCUUAAAGGCUGAGUCAAAAGCCAAGAAGUCUCUUUAUUUACGCCUACCUACCAGCCCCUGGCAAUCGGACUAUUAACAAACCGAGCUAACAAGAAAGACUAGAAAGAGCAGAGAGAACACAGAAGCAGCUUGAGUCUAAAAAUCUGAGAAACCAAGUAAUCAAUUCAAGCUCUGUUGAGCAUCUUGUUUGUUUACUGCAUCCAAAUGCUUGCAAACAGUUAACUAUAUGCAGAAAAGUCAGCAUAGCUGUGAAGUAUGCUGUGAAUUUUAAUUGAGGAAAAAGGACAACUGCUUACAGGAUGGUCUAAUGCGCACGCUGCCUGGAUUUUUUCAAUUGAACGCUUUGUACUUUGUCUUCUGAACAAGGAUUUUAACUUCAUGGAGCUGUAGUAUUACCACAGCUUGCAGCAAAGUGAAACUCAGAAGAAAGUGUGCAUUUUUUCACAGGGAAAAAUUACGUUGCAUUGAAACAGCUGCUCCAACUGUGCAUUACUGAACAUUUCAGGGAGUGUUACUGCUGUACAGAAUCUCCUGCGCAAGAUGAAGGUCUGGAUUUUUAUUCUAUGUUCAGUUGUGGUUGCAUCUGAUCCUUUCCAGUCACACACUUAUUUUUCUUCAGUCAGAGGAUCUUGUCAGAGCUUGUGUUCCUGUGAAGAAAAGGAUGAUACUAUGAUUAUAAACUGUGAAGAAAGAGGCAUCAAGAUGGUAUCAGAAAUAAAUGUCCCACCAUCACGACCGUUCCAUCUUAAUCUGUUAAACAAUGGCCUGACUACGUUACACAUGAAUGAUUUUGCUGGUCUUGUUAAUGCUAUCUCUCUACAUCUUGGUUUUAAUAAUAUUGCAGAUAUUGAGCCUGGGGCUUUCAAUGGUCUCAGCCUUCUUAAGCAACUUCAUAUCAAUCACAAUUCUUUAGAAACACUUAAAGAAGAUACGUUUAAUGGAUUGGAAAAUUUGGAGUUUCUUCAAGCAGACAACAAUUUCAUCACAGUGAUUGAAGCAAGUGCCUUUAGCAAGCUCAACAGGCUUAAAGUGCUUAUUUUGAAUGAUAAUGCCAUUGAGUAUCUUCCUCCAAACAUAUUUCGUUUUGUGCCAUUGACCCAUUUAGAUCUUCGUGGAAACCAGUUACAGACACUGCCCUAUGUUGGAUUUUUGGAACACAUUGGUAGAAUACUAGACCUUCAGUUAGAAGACAAUAAAUGGGCCUGUAAUUGUGAUUUGCUGCAGCUGAAAAUAUGGCUAGAAAACAUGCCUCCUCAGUCAAUAAUAGGUGACGUUAUAUGCAAUAGCCCUCCAGUUAUCAAAGGUAGCAUCUUAAGCCGGUUGAAAAAGGAAUCACUUUGUCCCACUCAUCCUGUAAAUGAGCUUGAAGAUCCUUCAGGCUCACUGCCCUUGGUUGUAACCACUUCUAUCAGUGACAGUCACCUAUCAACUAAGGUAAUUCCUAUCCUGAAAGCUCCUACUAAAGAACCAAAUUUAGUGCUUCAUACUUCAAAGCCUGUUACUCAGUCUCCAGGAAUCUACUGUCCUGUCCCCUGUCACUGCACCAGCCAUAUGCUCUCAGGAGUUCUCAUGCACUGCCAGGAGCGAAAUAUUGAAAGCUUGUCUGAUUUAGGACCCCCUCCUUCAAAUCCUAAAAAGCUAAUUCUAGCUGGAAACAUUAUUCAGACAUUACUGAAAUCAGAUCUUGUGGACUAUGUCAGCCUGGAAAUGCUUCACCUGGGGAACAAUCGCAUUGAAAUCCUCGAGGAAGGAUCCUUUAUGAAUCUGACCAGACUGCAGAAAUUGUAUCUCAAUGGGAAUCAUAUUACAAAGCUAAGUCAGAAUCUCUUCCUUGGCCUACAGCACCUUGAGUACUUGUACCUUGAAUAUAAUGCCAUCAAAGAAAUUUUGCCAGGGACAUUUAAUGCAACGCCAAAACUUAAGGUCCUCUACUUAAAUAACAAUCUUCUGCAGACUUUGCCUCCCCAUAUCUUUUCAGGUGUUCCACUCGCCAGGUUAAAUCUGAAAACAAACCGAUUUGCUCAUUUGCCUGUGAGCAAUGUCUUGGAUGAACUGGAUAUGUUGGUACAAAUUGAACUUGAAGACAACCCCUGGGACUGUACCUGUGAUUCAGUUGGGCUGCAAAAGUGGAUACAAAAACUGAGUAAGAAUACAAUGAUGGGUGAUAUUUUUUGUAAAUCUCCAGGACACCUAGCAAAAAAAGAACUGAAAUCCCUGAACAGUGAAGUCUUGUGUCCAGGUUUAAUAAGCAACCCUGCCCUACCAACUCACGCCAAUUUUAUAGUUGUGACGACUUCUUCUACUACUACCAACACUGCAGACACCAUCCUGCGGUCCUUAACAGAUGCUGUCCCACUUUCUGUUCUAAUAUUAGGACUUCUAGUUGUGUUUAUAACUAUUGUAUUUUGUGCAGCAGGAAUAGUUGUUCUUGUUCUGCAUCGGCGACGAAGAUGCAAAAAGAAACAAGAGGAUGAACAAAUGAGGGAUAAUAGCCCAGUUCACCUUCAGUACAGCAUGUAUGGGCAUAAGACAACACACCACACAACGGAGCGCCCAGCUGCAACUCUCUAUGAGCAACGUAUGGUUACUCCCCUGGUUCAGGUCUACCACAGCCCAUCCUUCAGCCCCAAGCAUACUGAACAGCAGGAGGAGGGAAAUGAGAAGGAACCUAAUGAUUCCAAACAUCUCCGACGUAGUCUCCUGGAAAGAGAGAACAGCUCACCUCUUACAGGUCCAAAUGUCAAAUAUAAGGCUACAGAUCAGUCUGCUGAAUUUUUGUCUUUUCAGGAUGCCAGCUGCUUGUAUAGAAACAUUAUUGAAAAAGAGAGAGAAUUGCAGCAACUAGGGAUCACAGAGUACCUAAGAAAAAAUAUUGUCCAACUCCAACCUGACAUGGAAGUUCAUUAUCCUGGAACACAUGAGGAGCUGAAGCUAAUGGAGACACUCAUGUACUCCAGGCCAAGAAAAGUUUUUCUAGAACAAACUAAAAAUGAGUAUUUUGAGCUCAAAGCUAAUUUACAUGCUGAGCCUGACUACUUGGAAGUCCUGGAGCAGCAAACAUGAAGUACUAAUAAGUUGGGCUGGGGCCAAAUUUCUGUAAUUUUAUUUUAAGUUGGAACCGUGUAAAUAAAAGUGCCUUAUGAUAACAUGUCAACAGUCAGAAUUUAAGCACAGCAGUAAUCCUACUAAAAAAAAACUCAGGGAUCACUGUGGGAAGCCAUGGGGUUGUGUGCAGGCAAUAUGUCUCACCCCAAGUUAAACAUGAACUUUGUGUGAUUGAACUGUGAGAGGAAGAUUGCUUAUUGCAAUAUUCCUCAACAUUAAAAAAAAAAAAAAUGUGUAUAGCACUCUCCAUUCUUUACCUAACCUAUGGAAAAAUAUUUGUUACCUUUGCUCUUUCUUUUUUUCCCUCAGUUUAAUUAGUUUCCUUUUAAAAAAACAAAACAAAACAAAACAAAACAACAAAA